AUGUUUACGAGACUGUUUUACUUCGGCCUGGUGGCUGUGUCUACUCUCCACGCUGCUCUCGCCAACGAGCCGCCUGGCGAGCUUCCGAUUCUGAGUCUUCCCUAUGGACGGUGGAGGGCGGCGAAAUAUGAUAGGGCCGCAGACGUCUAUACGUUCCGCAACAUUCGAUAUGCGGUCCCUCCUACCGGCCCCUUGCGCUGGACUAAGCCAGUGAGGCCCAAAAUCCCAGAGAUUGAUAUCCAGGAUGGCUCCUACGACCCACCCUGCAUCCCCGGCCCUCAACCAGAAGGGUUCGAGGACCCAAGCUAUGAAAAACAACGAAAAUCUGCCAGCGAAGACUGCCUCUUCCUCGACAUCUAUGUUCCAGGAAAAGCAUUGAGGGAAAAUGGUAGCGAUAAGUUACCUGUUAUUGCGUGGAUUUACGGUGGAGGAUACACGAUUGGGUCAAAAGACCAAGCGAUUGAACAGGGUAUAUAUGAUGGUACCAGACUUGUACAACAUGCAGCUGGAAAUGCCAUCGUCGUCACCUUCAAUUACCGGCUAAGCGUAUUCGGUUGGCUAGCUGGGACCACAAUGGAAAAUGAAGGGCUGCCUAAUGCCGGGCUUCAUGACCAACGCGCUGCCCUGGAAUGGAUCAAAGACUAUAUCCAUCUCGUAGGUGGAGACAGGAGGAAGGUCAGCGCCUGGGGAGAAUCUGCAGGCGGCGGAUCAAUUCUCAGCCACCUCAUUAUGCAUGAGGGCAAAACUGACCCCCUCUUCCGACGUGCUGUGGCCUUGAGUCCUGGCCUGAGUUUCCCCGUCGACCGCAAGGGUAUGGUCGAAGACCAAUUCCGGGACUAUUUGUCAAAGGCUGGAUGCACCGGAAAAGGCGUUGCGUGUUUGCGAGCAGCCAGCAUUUCUAAGUUGAUUCAAGCCAGCCAUAAUGGGGUGGGACAAGUAGGGCCAACGCCUGAUGGACGCCUACUUAAGCAUGUAUUCUCCGUGGAGAUGGCUAGGGGAAAAUAUUGGAAGCACCUUGAUUCCCUCGUCGUAUCUCAUGUUUUCGACGAAGGAGGCCCCUUUAUCCGCUCUAACGACACUCUAACCUCCCUACAUUCUUUGGUCCAAUCAUUAUUCCCUGCAUAUGCAGCUGAAGCUGUCUCAACUCUCGCGGACCACUAUAAUCUGAAUAAGCCCUCCUACGAAUCUGUGAAAACAAUAGGCUCGAAGCUCGUACGAGACGCUAUAUUUGCUUGCAACAUACGCGCUAUCGUGCAGGGUUAUCCACAGCGAUCAUACCUGAUGCAAUACUCUCCCCGCGCAGCCACACAUGGCGCUGAUGUUGCGGCAGUAUGGUAUUCUCCUGCGCUGUACAACGUUACCAUACCUCUAUUUGCCGGAUAUCAGUCAUACCUGCUCAGCCACGCUAUCACCAAUGAUCCAAACUCUCUUCGAGACCAAGCACUUACGCCUCCAACUAUUGCGUGGCCACGAGUUGCAGGCACUGACAAGGAGAAGCUUCGAAAUGUAUUGAACGUAGGAGACACUGGAUACCAACUUAUCGCCGACGAGCAAGUUUUGAAGAGUUCCUGCGACAUCUGGCAACAGGUCCUUCUGGACGCUACGAGGCAAGGAGGCUACCUGUAG